CUGCUCUUUCUUUCUGUGGGCAUCUACCUGUCUCUCCUUUUGAGACGAGGCAGACUCUUAAUGCUCUUAUAGAAACCAUGUACACGUAUUCUGGUAUCCCCCAUAUCUUUUCCUGCACUUCAAGGCAAUUACUGGGUUAACAUUUCUGCGUUCAAAGUGUCACAGCAGGGGUGAUAUUGCAGUGAAGGUGCUCCAUUUUGUUUGCGAUCUCAGCUAUACUUGAGGUACCUUUUACAGACGGAACAUGGCGUAUCUAGGAUACCUGUAUUGUAGCUCACAGCCCAAACAUUAGUAUGGAACUAUCUUUAUGUUAACAGCGAAAAAAUGAACAGAAGAGCUGGAGCUCAGGCAAGAACUCAGAAAUCUGAUUUGAUUUUAUCCACAUUCCUACUGGCUUCACUUGUCAGUCACAGGAAGGAAACAGACCUGCUGAAUGCCUGCAUCGCCUUGUCUUUCAAUAGCCACUGUGCGGCACUUGGACAGGCGGGGUGAACUCUUCCCCACUGGCAAGUGCGAUCAGCGGUAUCACCAUUCUUGCCGUCUUGUGGGACAGUCUGGCUCGAGGCUCUGGUGACUGGGAGAGUGACUUGCCAGCACAUGGAAGUUUUCCGCAGAUAGAAUAAACCUUUUUCUCCUCCCACUUCCAUCCUGGUUAUUUCUGCCUUGAUUUAGGAUUUUUUUUUUAUUAUUUGAAAUUAUGGGAAGGAACAGUUCUUACCAGGAACAGACAUUUUCACACAUCGAGCAAAUUUCAAACCAACCUUCACUGCUGCUGUCCAUCACUUUGCUUCCCUCUCCUUCAAGCUUUUGUCAAUACCCAAGUGUCAAAAGAGUAUGUGACAGAGAAACUGAAGAAACUGAACAGUAGCACUACCUGUAAAUUCUCCAGGGAAAUAUUCUUGUUGGACAGAUGCUUUCUCUUUGAAUUAUUGUUUCUGGAACACACCAACCUGAAUUUAUUUAUUUUUAGCAGUUUAUUUCAAAUAUUGCUUAUUCCCUCUAUUUCUCUAUGUGUCUGUUUCAGUCCUUUGCCCAUUCUACCUUGUAAGGUAUUCAAAUAUGUAGAAAAAAAUAGCCUUUUUUUCAUUCACUGACAGGAAACAUGGAUUGUUCAAAUUGAUUUAGAAAUACAUUCUUUUGGCAGCUACUAUGAAAACAGGUUGUAAAACCUCAGAAAACCCAAAUAUGGGUAUCCCUUAGUAAGUCAUAAGUAUAUAAAAUUUAAAUGUGUGUUUACUUAAGAAUACAAUUCAGAUAGUUAAAAUCGGCUUCCCAGUUUGAAAUGAGCACCUGCUCUGUGAUGUUAACAUAUUUUUCUCUGGAAGUUAUAAAUGGGAAAGAAAAGCCUGGAAAACAGCCACCCUAAAUGGUGCCUGAUGGCUUCUGAAGCUGUUUUAUGACCAAUAGAGAUCAGACUUGAAUCAAUAAAUCUGUCUUUGUUUUGACUGUAAAAUGAAAAAAAGUUUGCAGUGCCAAAGCUGAAAGGCACAUUUUUUCCCACUGUUCAACAUUUUUUUUCUUCUCAUGUUCAUUGGUGACAGAAAAGGAGUUUUGUAGAGAUGCAGUACAUUUCAUAAAUUAAUUCCCAUCAGAGGCAUUGUUGACUCCUGGACAACAAACUGGGCAUGUUCUGAUAUCCCCUUUGCAGCGAAUGCUUAAUAAACAUCAGUGUGGCAGUAAGAAAAGAGUAAACACAGUUGCUGAAUCCUUGUUUCAGUCUGUGGAGAGAAAGGAGCUAAAAGAACUUCAGAUAGCAGUUAGGAUCUAACUGGUAAGCACUGCUGAAGGAUCGUGGUAUUUGCCAGACUGCCAAGGAAGAAAGAAAAAAAGAAACCCUGAGGCAGUGUAUAUUGCUUUUUGGAUUGAAGCACAGCGUUCAGGCCAUACAGAUGGCAAACUAGCUUACUUCUUGGGGAUACACCAUGCUAUUGCAAACCCUCAUUUUCUGUGAAUUGCUUGGGCUCGUGGGUCAUCCCCUUGAUCUUCCCUUGCUUGUGAAAGAUACUAAAGAUAUUUAAAGAAAUAUGUCCUGCAGACAUAAAGAAGCAAACUCUAGAAACAUCUCCUGGGAGGAGAGGGACAUAAAUGCAGAAGUAGGGUAGCUGUACCCUGUGCCUACAAUCAACAUGAGGUGGUAGAAAGGCAAGGUUUUCUACCACUGAGUUUAUGAGAAAAGGAAAUCUGGGGAGAAUGUGGCUGCUUGGUUUUCCGGAGAUCACCCUCAAGAUGCAGAUUGUUCCUUAACUAGAGGCAGUAAAACUGAUUAUUUUACUUUCAGAAUUGCUGGUGUAGAAGGUAAGUAAAGGGAUUUAAGGAUUAAAUUAAUUCAGUGAUUGUUCCAUCCGGGGCAGAAUGAUGAAAAGGAAAGAAUCCCCGAUUUAGAGGCUCUGGAAAUGGGGAUGCAAAGAAUCAGGGAAGUGUAUGUUUUUUCUUUGUUGUUCAUGUCACUUUUUCAAACCAAAUAUCUGAUUGUAUGAAAGUGUGCAGCUACCACAGUCAUAGAGCAAACAGAAGCCUGAGUUUUGUAAAUUGAAGGACAAGCAGAAGAGACCCCUGUGCCAAAUAGGGUCAUCUGUUCCAGUCUGAUAGUAAGAACCUUUUUCCUAUGGGAAAAUAUGCCUGUCAGUAUCUGGGGCAGUGAUUAAUGUUCACUUACCACUCCUACUAAGACACCUGACAUGGUGCAGGGCCAUAAGAGCUGGGUCCCACUGCAAGUGUUGAGUAAAGCACUUCAUCUGUUCUAAGAUCCGCAAACUGGAAUCACAAUGCUCAGUCUCUGCUUUCCUCUCACUUCAUCUUGUUAGAAAAUGUGAAUAGAUACCUUAUUCUGGAAACUUGCUUCAUCAUUAGUGUUAAUAUAAGCAGAACAAAGCAUCCUUAAUUCUGACUAGUAUUUUUACAAGUCAACACAAUAUAAAUGGUAAAUGCUAUGCACUGAGUCUGUUGCCAUAGAAAAGCAACAUGCUGCCUAUUCCUGCACUGCAGUAUUACAUUCCUGCUCUCACAGGCACUACUGUGGUUAAUCUGCUUUCUAUGAUUUGCGGAUUGUUUAUCAGAAAUGAGUGCCUCUAAGGAGACUCUUAGGAACGUUGUUUUACCUUGUGUUUCAUUCUCUGAUUAGGAGAAAAAAAAUACGUGCCCGGUAAACCUACGCUCCCUAUUCCACAUUGCAUCUCUUCUCACUGCAGCUAAUUUACAGGUUGUUAAGCGCUACUAUGCUGUGGUGUUUCAGCUCCAUAUGUUUAAAAUGGCCUUUAGCUGUGCUCAGAUUUUCUGCAAAAUUUCAGCCUCUGAAACAUCUGUUAAUCCCUGGCAUUUUUCUGUUCUUGUUAUAAUAUAGUAGCUGUUAUCAAUUUGUUUUGCUUUGAGAUCUGUGUUGGAGGAGAUCUGUAGUUCCAGAUUGUAAUUACCUGAAACUAUGUUUUAUUUUGCUCAGGAAAAGAAGGCAUCUCACGUUUUGAUACUAGGUUAUGUAUUUACCUUUGUGUCUUUUGCUUCCUUUGUUGUUUGUAAACUGUUUCGGUGAGCUUAUGCACUGUUACCAGGCACUGGGUUUUGUCUUUGAAAGACAAGCAUUACAAACUUUUCUUGGGCUACAGAGAAGGCAUAAUUUUAAAUAAAUAUUUUAAUUGUAGCCAAGAGACAAUGUUCUGUGUUGAAACACAAGGCCCUAUCAAUGGCUCACCAAAUACAAGCAAAGUGUAUUAUCUUGUCUUUAUUCUUCUGCAAAGAUGGAUCCCUUCAGAAUUUAUUGCUGACAAAUGCAUAGGAGACUAACCUGUUUUCUUAAUGGUAAUUUAUAAUGAUAUUAUAAUCUGCUCUGUGUAAUGCUCUCUUACCCAGAGGAAAUGAAAACAACUCUAGUAUGAAGAAACGCUUUUGCUUUUGGUGACAUCCAGUUGCCCUCACUGAUAUUACACACCCGUUGAUGGAAGUGUUCACCAUUUUACUCUGCAGGAGUCCCUUUGUGUGGUGGGCUAGACAGUUAAUUUCUGAAAAUAUGUUAUAGCCAAGGACAGAGAGAUAGUGCUUAGAUUUUCAGUGUGUUUAGGCAAAGACCCACAAGGCAAUAUUUAGUGUUAUGAUAUCAACAGCAUGAAGGUGCUGGAAUAUGUCAGUGCAUCCAGCCCUGAUUUUUGACAAAAGCUGAUUUUAGUGGGGGCAGCUAAAGGAGCAUUCAGCAUCUUUUGCAAAUCCUCCAUGGAGCAGUCUUUUCAGCACCACAGCUCAGUGGUAAAGUUCUUGCUACAGCCAGGAUAAUAAAACAGCGGCGUGCUGAUAGCUGAAUGAAAACAUCUAAUUGCCUCUUCCUAUGUUAAAGACUCCCUUCUUGGCUGAUGUGCCUUCUGGAGGGAGGGAUAUCCAUAUGCAGCUUGGCCAGGGCCACGCCAGUCAUUCUGCAAAGCCAAGUUAUUUUGCUUUUUGAUAUCUGUGGAACAGGGGUUCUAAGCACUCCCUUUUCCAUCUGGGAAACAAAUAUACAAAGCAAUUUUUACUUAUUUAUUUUUAAUAGACUCUUUUGACUCCCUUGAGGUCAGCACAUGAAGUCAACACAUUUGUGCAUUAGCAUGGCAUGAUCUAACUUCAGGUCCCCUUCAAAGCUCUCGGUGGAUAACCUCAGCCCCUGGCACAUCCUCUCCUUCCCCAUUCCAUGUCUCCUGCUUAAUGAGGAUAACAGCUAGCAGUUUCAGCUGAGGAUGAUGUUAACAUCUAAUAUAUGGCUUUCCUAGAAGUCUCUGGAAACAAUAUGGGUGAUUACUACUGGCAGGGAAGACAGUAUAUACAUUUUUUUAUUCCUUUGUAGUUGAGGAGAAUGGCUGGAAAUCAGUUAACACUGGUAAAUGUGCUGAAUACCCAGAACUGUGCUGAAUACCCAGAACUGUGCUAACACAUUCACCACACAGCCUGCAGUAUAGUUAGUUUUUUAUCUGAUUUGCUGCUGUUGCUGCUACAGUUCAGCCUGCACUUGGGUGGGGAAAGACAGGGAUCCAAAGGCUCUUGGAUCUUCUCCAUAUAGGUAAUUUAAUCAGGUGUCCUGAUACCUUGAUAUAUGCAGGCUGGAUGAAACUCGACAACUUAACCAGACUGGCUCAGGAGUAAGUAUUUUCUCUACCUGGAAUAAAUUUUCAUUUGAGUUAUUAUUUAUUUUCCUUUUUCCACAUAAAUGACAGUGCAAAUUGAUGGAACCUGUUAAAGGUCUUACUCACUUCAUCUUGUGUUUAUCUUCUCCAGAAUCUCCACCCUGGGAAUACACCAGAUCUGCUGGAAGCCAUCUCUGGGUCAGGCUACAAAUGAUCUUCCAUAAAUUUGCUGAACAGAAAGGAUUAAACUAUAAACAGUGUAGAAUGAGAUGGGUAAUAGAGUUGAAAGCCUUUGAUCUAGGCCACUAAAUUCAAUCUAACACUGUUAAAGAUGUAUGCAUGGUUGGGAAGGGAUUUUUUUAAAAUUUUUUUUUUAAGUAACUGGCAGAUAGCUGAUCAACUCCAAAUGGAAAAAACAGUGGGAAUUAGCUGUCCUUUGGUAACCUCCUCCUGGAAAUCCUUUGCAUUUAAGAAUUAUUUCUUAGGCCAAAUGAAGACAGUUGAAAAUCUCUGGGAGGCAGAGGUACUCAUCACAGAAUUAUUAUCCCAAUAUGCUUGGAUGUUAACAGUCUUAGCAGACAGACUGCUGGGUUUACUUUCAUUCCCCUGUUUGUCUUACUUAGGAGGAAGCCUACUGCUGGGAGACCUAAAUUGCUUCUACAUCUGUUAGACAGGGGUUGGGUACUUCCAUUUCCCUAAGUUUCAAUCUCAUAUCUCUAGUUUACUAGAUAAAGAAAAAUAAACAUUGAUUUAUUUUGCUGCAUUAAUUAUACUGCUGAUUUUGAAAAUUACUAAACUUGCUGAUGGUUUGAAGAGGAUAGAUCUGACUGUGUCAGCUGAGAAGGUGUGUCCAGUAUUGUCCGGUUUUAAGCCCACAAGAAACUUUAUCACCUUUCAUAGGAGAAGCAGGCAUGCUCAAGUUAUUGCUUAAGCAACAUUUUGUUAAUGAAAUGUUUUGCAAUUUGAUCUGCUAUUGAAGAGGCAGGGCAAGCUAAAUUAAAUAAAGAUAAAAUUAGGCAUGGUAGAAGGAUACCGGAUCUUAGAUACCGACAUACCUUGUGAAUUUAGGGUAAAUUAGAUAGAUAGCUACAGAGCUUAGAAAAAAAGGGGGGUUGGGAAGAAAAUAUUAGGAAAAAAAAUAGUAUUAGUAUUUCCAAAUGUUAUUGGGGAAUGCUGAAACAAGACUAGAUUUUUAGUUUGGACUUGUUCCAUGGUAUUGUGCUAUCCAAAAGUAGUUCUCUAUCUACAGACGAAAUGCUUGCUGCUGCAGAUCACACAAACAGAAAUGAUGUUAAUGGUUGGGAAGACAAUACAAUGCUGCCAGUUAAUGAAAGAGCUUGAUCUGUACAGAAAAUUAUUUUGAGCAGAUAGACACAUAUAUAGAAAGCAAGAUUAAUUUAGAGACCUUUGUCAUUAAAGCAGAUUUUUGUAUGGUUUUGUGGGGGAUUUAAGAGGGAUUAAAUGUUUGACAUCACUUUGCCUGCACAGACUAUGUUGAAGAGGUUACUGAGCGGGUGAUGGAGAAUUCAAAAAUGCGCCUAUGCUGAAAGAGUGGAAGCAAUGGAUCAGACUGCAGCCUGGCCAAACGAACCGCUGUAUCUACUACCUUUCUAAAAGGAAGGUGCUUCUGCUUUGGUAGCAGAUGCCACAGGAAUGUAGAGCUGAUGGAUUUUUUAUGAUUUACCAAAAUAUCAGGGGAACUUGGCAAGGACAUCAGAAUUGGGAUGCCCCCAUCUUCUGUCUUCAGUGAUGCCUUGCUUCAACGUGCAUCUUUUGUAUGCUAUGCUGUUUCUAAACACUAAAAGUAAAAAGUCAGCAAGGUGGAUUGGCUGAUUAGGUGCAUUUCUCUUUUGGAAGAGAUGGUCCUGGUCAUGAAACUUCUGUUCCUCACCUGCCUGUGGCCAACAGCAGUGCUACACAGUUCUCAAAGUCAGCAUCACCAUCUUCAUCGUCGGCAACAAUUCUCAUUCUUAAGAAAGCAUAACAGGAGCACUCAAGAAAACAUCUGCUGAUGAUUUCACAAUGCUGUGGUGCUGAUCAACAGUUAGAUACGGGUCCAGGAUUUAUUGGGAGUAAACAGAUACAUCCAUGUGAUUCCCUUUGAGUCAUCAGUUAAAUAACUUCAGUGCUGCAGUGAGGACAAUUUAAUACUGUAACUCCAGGCCAAGGAGCAACAUCUGGAGUCCAGAUGCUGAUGUUAAAGGUAUAUCUUCUGGAGAACACUUCUUAGCCUUGGCAAACGAGAAAUUAAAAUGAGGAAACUUGAUAGCACCAAAGUGCGGCCACUUAAAUCUGAGCAGCUUCUUCGCAUAGAGGACCAUGACUUUGCACUGAGACCUGGAUUUGGAGGGUCACCAAUACCUGUGGGCAUUGAUGUGCAGGUAGAAAGCAUUGACAGCAUAUCUGAAGUUGACAUGGACUUCACAAUGACUUUGUAUCUCAGACAUUACUGGAAGGAUGAGAGACUUUCAUUUCGUAGUAACAAAAACAAAAGUAUGACUUUUGAUGGAAGACUGAUUAAAAAGAUCUGGGUACCUGAUGUGUUUUUUGUACACUCCAAAAGAUCUUUCAUCCAUGAUACAACUGUGGAAAACAUCAUGCUCCGAGUAUACCCUGAUGGCAAUGUGCUCUUCAGUCUACGAAUAACAGUUUCUGCUAUGUGUUUCAUGGAUUUCAGUAGGUUUCCUCUGGACACUCAGAACUGUUCUUUAGAACUGGAAAGCUAUGCAUACAAUGAAGAUGAUCUGAUGUUAUACUGGAAACAUGGAAACAAGUCCCUGAGCACAGAUGAGCACAUCUCCCUCUCCCAGUUUUUCAUCGAAGAAUUCAGUGCUUCCAGUGGACUAGCUUUUUACAGCAGUACUGGUUGGUACAAUCGACUUUUUAUAAACUUUGCACUCCGGAGACACAUUUUCUUUUUUGUGCUACAAUCCUAUUUCCCAGCCAUGCUGAUGGUGAUGCUGUCUUGGGUUUCAUUUUGGAUUGACAGAAGAGCCGUUCCUGCCAGGGUAUCACUAGGUAUAACAACAGUGCUGACAAUGUCAACCAUCAUGACAGGAGUAAGUGCCUCAAUGCCUCAAGUGUCUUACAUAAAGGCUGUGGAUGUGUAUUUAUGGAUCAGCUUCCUUUUUGUCUUCCUGUCCGUCAUCGAAUAUGCAGCAGUGAACUAUCUCACCACAAUUGAAGAGAGAAAGCAACUCAAAAAAAGGGGCAAGGCUUCAGGAAUGUAUAGUAUUGAUGCAGUACAAGCAAUGGCUUUUGACGGCUGCUUCCACGACACGGAUGUGGACAUGGACCUGACUGCUUUCUCAGACCGCUGUGAAGAGAAUGAGACCCAGGCACGUGCAGCCAAUAUCUCCAACGUGGACACAACUCGCAUAAAGAGGAAGAGAUCAGUGAAGGGAAACGUGGGCAGGAUUAUUUUACGGAACAAUCAUGUUAUUGACACAUAUUCCAGGAUUAUUUUUCCCAGUGUGUACAUUGUGUUCAACUUUUUUUACUGGGGUUUGUACAUAUGAACAAAUAUCAUUACAAGCUAGACAUGAUUUUGCGUAUGAGGGUAGCAUUGUGCUUUAAAAAUAAUGCAACAGCACUAGACGAAAGGGUUAAAAGUUUCGGAAACUGACUUCCCUGUCAUACGAAAGAUGGUCUGGUUAGCAGCAAAACUGUUAAUGAAAACCCUUCACCUUUCUAGUUUCUUUUUCAAUUGGACUGUGCAGUGCUUCACUGAGGCAAUCUAAUGCACAUGCUACUACUGCAGUAGCCUGGAAGCAGUUUGCUCACUAAGGGAGCCCUUUGUAACACACCUGAGCAGACAGCAGCUCCCAUCUGAGGUAUGACCUACAUUCUAACUAUUCCUCUUUAAUCAGCCUUCCUGUUUGUUCUCCAUUUGUGGUCCAGUAGACAAUCAGCACCAGUUGCCUUCAAAUAGCUCCUAUCCUUAUUUCACUUGCUGCAUUUUGAUUUUGCCAGGCAACCUUUAUGCAGCUCAGCAGCUUUUGUCCUGGGAUGGUAACUAGGUGGAAAGUGAUUACAGCUUAGCAGUGGAGUACGGAUGAGCAGGAAGCAAAACUGAUGGGGCUUUGUACAUUAUGCGUCACCAACACUCCAAGAAAAACCCUCACCCUGUCAGCUGCCCCUGACUUUCCAGAGGACCAUUGGGAAGGGCCUCUAUUUUGAACAAAUCUUGCUCACUAGUCCAAGAGGCAGCAGAGAAGCAGUGUCUCAGACCUGAUGCACUCAGUGUCUUACAUCAACCUCCCAGGUGGAUGACGAGUGUCACCUGCACAAGCUAUGCCCCUCAUGUGACACCCAGACACCUGUGUCUGGUGUAGACCUGCUGCAAUCACCUGCUUUCUGCAUAACUGCUCAUUUCAGAAAUGUAGGCUUUGAGGCAGAGAUUUUAGAAAACUAUGCCAAGAAAACAAACAAACCAUGUCUUCAGCAGCACUUGGUUCUUCUGUUUUAUGUUGCAUACCUGAGCAUGGGGUUUUGCCCCUUUCCUCUCUCCCUUUGGCUUUUGAGGUUGAAUGUUACAGUGAGGAGAAGCUACAUAUGCCUGCUUGCAGCACUGAUCCCCAGCACAGUUCAAGAUACCAUGCUGAGACACACAGAAAAUGAAAGAAAGCAGCUGUGCCAAAACAGAGCCAUAUACAGGUAUCCUGUUGGUCUCAGAUGAAUCCUACAUGGAAAUAUCCUUAGGUUCAGGCUCAAGAGGUUGAAUUAAAGAUGUUCAUGGACACAUAAAAAGUAUUCACAGCUCCAGAAAACAAUCAAGAUUCCUUUUGCAACUUUCCCAAAUAUGGAGCAUUUCCCAUUUAAUUUCUUGGGUUUGUCUGUUGUUUAAUGAAGUGAGUUAUAUUUACAAAGCCAGUUCAAAACAACAAUUUGUGGUGGCAAAAAAUGUCACAAAAUAAAUGCUUGGUCAUUGCUUGGUCAAAAUUAGGAAGUGGGAAUAAAUUUGGAAGCCUGAACCACUCUCUGGUUUACUUGAUUUUCCUACUCCAGUAUUGUUGCUCAUAGCAUGGUGGUGUCUUUUACUCUUUCAAAAAGCUGCAUUUGUCAAGCUCCCAGUUACAGAGCUGGAGGAGCUGGUGACACACUGCAUGCUGGGUGAUUGAAAUCUGAUGGAGUGAGUGGGUGCUUUGCCAGCCAGUUUGCUGCCAAACAAAUGAUCUGAGCUAAGACGACUUUGAUACUAUUCCAGGAAAUCCUGUCAUGGAAAGCAGAACCGUACCACGAAUGACAAUGCUGGGAACAUAAAGCCAAGGCACACACAGGCUUUGGCAACAGCAAGAGCACACUAGACCUCAAGCUGAGCCAGUGUGUAAUAUAGAUAUAUAAAAAAAAUUACCAUGACAACCUUGUAACUGCACUGCCGUUAUGGAGGCAUCCUGCACAGAUGUUCCAGAUUGCCUGAGAAGAUCCCACCUAAUUGCUCCAGAUGUGCAUGUCCUAAACUUUUCACAUGAACUAAUAUAUCACCAUUGUUGUCACGUAAUUUUUAAAAUAAUCUGCCUUACAGGAAGAGAUAUUUGUUCUGUAGCCAACAGUGAAUCCUCAGCCGCCAACAGAAUAAAUACCCAUGUGCUUCUUGACCCAUACCAGUUCCCUCUUCUAAAUUUCUUACAGCAUCUGUGGCAGCGAAAGCCUGAGCCCCACGCAGCCUGUCAAGUGGGCAGGUCCACACAGGGAAGUGUUGAGGAAAAGAGAUUCAUGCUUGCAUUUACCUUCCAGGCACGUGCCUGACAGCUGCACAGCUUGCUCCCACAGAGGAACCUGUUGGUUACCU